AUGUACUCGCGCCAGAACAACCAGUAUCCCGUGCCCGCACCGCAGUCGCAGGGCGCCCUCGCGCCGCCCAAACCAGACGCGCUGCCUCCGCUGCCGCCCGUCCAGGACCAGCCCGCCAUGAACCACCUGCCGCCGCACCAGCCGCCGUCCCAGGUGCCCGUCUACCGGAACGACCACCUGCAGCCCUUCACCGGCUCCAAGAAUGGCAAGAUGUACCGACUUGUGGUGGAGCAGCAGCCCAUCCGCGCGCGCAUGUGCGGCUUCGGCGACAAGGACCGCCGGCCCAUCACGCCGCCGCCCUGCGUGCGCCUGAUCGUGUGCGAUGCGGCCACGGGCAAGCCCAUCGACGCCAACGACAUCGACAGCACCUUCUUCGUCCUGACGGUCGACCUCUGGGAUGCCGACGGCGCCCGCGAGGUCAACCUUGUGCGCCAUAGCAGCGGCGCCCCGACCGUCAGCAUCUCGAGCAGCACCACCACCUCGUACCCGCCGCCCGUGGAGCGUCCGGCCAUGUACAUGCCCCAGGUCAUGCCCGGCAUGCCCCAGGUCGACGCAUACGGCCGCCACAUGCCCCAGACUGCAUAUCCCCCAGCCAACAUGCCCGCCUACAACGCGUACCCGGCCCCUGCUCAAGGAUAUCCCUAUCCCGGUACUGCCUACCCCACCAGCUCCAUGCCCAUGGCUCCGUUGCCCGCUCCCACCUCCACGAAUGGCAUGUUCACCAGGAACCUCAUCGGCAGUCUGUCGGUCAACGCAUUCAAGCUCACCGACACGGAGAACCAGCUCGGGUUCUGGUUCGUGCUUCAAGACCUGUCUGUGCGGACAGAAGGCACCUUCAGACUGAAGAUGAACUUUGUUGAUGUUGGCAGUGGCUCGGGAAACAACACUCUCAACACUGGCCGUGCUCCUGUUCUGGCUACCUGCUUCUCGGAUCAGUUUCAAGUCUACUCGGCAAAGAAGUUUCCCGGUGUCAUUGAAAGCACGCCUCUGAGUAAAACUUUCGCAAGCCAAGGAAUCAAGAUUCCAAUUCGGAAGGAUGGUCCCAAGAAUCUCAGCAACCAGGCCGAGUAUGACAACGACGACUAA